AUUAACCACAGAUUAUUUUCAUCCAAACCAAUCAAAAGUAUCAAAACCACGUCACUGUGAAACGGCGGCGUUUUAGCCUGUGAUGAAUCUGUUCACUAAUCUAGCACCGGAACGAGUUCUCUCUAGUUUGAACUCGUCACUAUGGCCUCGCGUUUGUUAUCGACUACUCUCAUCGGACCGCCGGCUUAUCUCAACAGGUCGCCGGCGAGAGUUGGGGUGAGAAAGGGGAGGGUUAGCUUCAGGGCUGCGAGCGAUAGCUCCUCUCAAGGAUCCGUCGAUGGAACCAUUUACCAAGGUGUUUACGGUCCCUGGACCAUCGAGCCCUCCGAUGUGAAAGAGGUUAUUCUGUACAGAUCAGGGCUUGUAACUGCUGCUGCAUCCUUUGUAGCCGCUUCUUCUGCUGCGUUUUUACCAGGAGACUCUUGGUUGAGUGAAACGAUCAAGCAAAACCAUGAUUUGCUCUUCCUUGUUGGUGCUGGUGGUUUGGGGCUAUCGCUGUUUCUGAUUCACAUAUAUGUGACGGAGAUUAAGAGGACUCUUCAGGCUUUGUGGGCACUUGGCGUUGUUGGCUCUUUCGCCGCUUACGCAGCGCUUGCUAGACCAGCAAGUGAUAACUUGGUUCACUAUGUCGUUGAUCAUCCAACUGCUGUUUGGUUUGUUGGUCCUCUCUUCGCAGCUCUCACGGGGCUCGUUUUCAAAGAAGGACUUUGUUAUGGAAAGCUAGAAGCUGGCCUUCUUACGUUCAUCAUACCUUCGGUUCUUCUUGGGCAUUUGAGUGGUCUGAUGAAUGAUGAGGCAAAACUGGUGUUGCUAGGAACAUGGAUGGCGCUCUUUUUAGUAUUUGCUGGAAGAAAAUUCACUCAGCCUAUAAAGGUACAUUUUCUUGCUAGUUGA